AUGUCAAAAAUUGAUUCUAAUUAUGAGCGAUCUGAUGAGGGAACUUCGGGCCUCGGACCCUUAAAGUGGCACUUGUUAUCUCUAGAUGAAUUAGAAUCUCGAUUAGAAACUAAUCUCACUAAUGGCUUAACAGACACUAGGGCUGAGCUAGUGCUAAAAAUAUACGGGGAAAAUUUUUCGGGUGAGACUGGAGAGCCUCCAAAAGCAUGAAAAAUAUUUUUUGGUCAACUAAGAACUUUUCCUUUUUUACUCUUAUUUACUUUCUCAUUAUGAUGUAUUAUCUUUUACAUUAUAGACAAAAAUGAUUCCAUUGAUCUAUAUCUUGGAACAUCAGUUUUGUGUGCUUUGAUAAUAUGGAGUCUCGAUAAAUACUAUCUGGAAGUUAAAGAUUAUAAAAAUUUUUUGGCUCAUCAAAGAUUGCUUUUGUCAAGAUGUAUUGUUAAAAGAGAAGGAGCGAUGAAAUUAAUAGAUUCUGUUUAUAGCGCUUUCCCGAGGAUGGCGCGGAAUGGCGCCAUCCUCGGGAAAGCCAGGAAGGCAUCCACACGGGAAUUGGAGUUCCACGUGUGGAUGCCAUUUUGACAUGUGGAAGUUUGGAUCCCACAUGCCAAAAAUGGCAUCCACACGUGGAACUCCCAGUUCCCGUGUGGAUGCUUAGUUGACUUUCCCGAGGAUGGCGCCAUUCCGCGCCAUCCUCGGGAAAGCGCUAUACCUCGUGCCUGGAGAUAUUGUACUUUUUCAUCAAGGUGAAAAAAUACCUGCCGAUAUAAGAAUUUUAGAGGCAAAUAAUUUGACAAUUGAUGAAUCAGUUUUAACUGGAGAAGGAAUGCCUGUUGGAAAAACUAGCAAUGAAUCAAAGAUAGAUUCUAUGUUUGAGGCCCAAAAUAUAGUAUUUGCGCAGACUUACUGUCUUAGUGGGAGUGGAAAAGGUGUAGUUGUUGAAACAGGAUUAAAUACAGCAUUUAGCAGGAUUGUUAUGAUGUCAGCCGAAGCACCUUCCCCGAUUGCUGAGGGCAUUUCUUAUAAAAAAUGUCAUAAAUGAUUGAUUAUUAUACUCAUUUUUCCAAUAGCGUUCAGAUUAUUGGGGUUUUUAUUAGGAUUCAGGUUUAAUUUUACAUUGCUUGGUUUUAUUUUUGCAAUUGAUUUAACAAUAGUUGGCAUUAUUCCUCACCAGCCAAUAAAGGAAAUAGCAACUUAUUUUACAUCAAAAGUGCUUGUAAAGAAAAAUGUUUUAACAAAACAACCUGAAAGGAUAAGAAAUUUUGGAGAAAAUCCUAUUAUCAUUAUAGAUAAAACAGGAGUAAUCACAGAAAAUAGAUUAAAAAUCGUUCAGUUUUGGGAUAAUUAUGAAUUUAAAAGCCCAGAAAAUAUUUUAAUAGAUCACACUUCCAAUAAAACUCUGUCAUUUGCUAUGACAAUGCGUUCAGCAAUUCUUAUCAAUGAUGCAAAAUUUGACCAUGAUCCUCAAUCUUCAGAUGAAAUAUAUUCGAAACCAAUAAUCGAAUGGGCUGCUAAAGGCUCUCCACCAGAUAUUGCCAUGAUAAAAUUUUUCCAAGAACUCGAGAAUAUUGAGGAUUUUAGAGACGCUCACAAACCUAUAGCAAUAGAAGGGAGUGAAUUUAAAAUACCUUUCAGGUCUUCCUACAAAUACGCAACUGCAGUUUAUAAUGGAUACGAAUUUGGAUUUGAGGAUAUUUCUCAAAAGUACAUUGCCUUCUAUAAAGGUGCUGUAGAAGUUCUAUUAGAAAUGUCAACCAAGAUUGCAUGCGAAGAUCAUGAGCUAGAAUGCAAAAAUAAUUCAAAAGAAAAAAUAACUCAAGCUUGCAAAGACUGCAGCAAAAAAGGGUUGAGAGUAAUUGCAUGCGCUUAUAAAUGGUUAAGAGAAUCUGAUAUCCCUAAAGAUUUUCAACCUAACCCUGAAAGCGUGCCAGAGUUUUUGAAAGAGGGUUUAGUUUUUGCAGGAUUAAUUGUAUUGAGUGAUCCUCCUAAAAAAAAUGUUAAAGAAUCUAUAUUAAGCCUAAGGAGCCUCCACAUGAAGUGUAUUAUGGCCACCGGCGAUAUGCUUCUCUUGGCCUCAGAUGUUUCAAAGCAAACUUGCAUUAUUAGUAACCCAAAAAUAACAAGUGAUUUUGAAGAGGAAAACAUAAACUUCUAUGAAUCUCUUGAAUUAACAGAUUCUGUGAUUGUUAAUGGGAAUUUAAUAUAUUGAAUUUGAUUGAAUUUGUAAUUUAUAAAUUGAAAACUAAUAUUUAUUUAAUUGAUUAGGCUUUUAUUUAAAUGAAUUGAGGAACCUUAUACCUAAUGAUGAAGUAGCCAAAGAAAAACUAUAUAAGAUAUAGCCCAUACCUCUAUAUAGAUUUCUCUGUCGAAGGAAAUGCAAUGGACGGUUGAAAGAUCAAGUCAAACUCCAUAACAGGGACAAGCUGGGUAUCAAGGCUCCAUGUCAAAUAACAGUGGAUUUUUGAUACUGUAGAUUUUAUAGAAAUACAUUUAGUCGAAAACUUUAAUAGUGUGGCUUUUGGUCAAAAUUUAGCGGUUUUUUCGGUUAAAUGUCUCACUAUCGAAAAUUUUCAACCAAAAGUACUUCGAUGAAAUGCACACUAUCAAAAAUGCACGAUCAUUGAAUCUGCACCUGGAUAUCUAUACCAGGUAGGAUAAAAUUUGCAUGCCAGAAAAAGGUUGACAGAGCAAAGUUGUCAAGUAAACGCACCAAAUUUUAAAAGGGUUUUUAUUAUUAUUAUAUUAAUUUAAAAUAAAAGAUACCUUUUAGACUGACACUGAUAAGUAUCUUACAUAUUUUUCCCUUUUUUAAACAUUAAAAUAAAAUUAUAAUCCCUAUCUUAAGCAACAUAUAACUCCAACAUUAUAUUACUUUCCUAUGGAAUUUUAAAAAAUAAGAUGGUUUUCAAUUUCAAUUAAAAAUAAUUAUUAGUCUUAUAGCUUUCUAAGGGGUUUAAAGAGUCAUGGCGACUCUUAAUUUUCAUUGGCAUAAAAUUUCUUUUAUAAGGUAACUCCUGCUUUAUUCAUUUUUAUUGGCAUAAAAUUCCUUUUGAUGCAAUGCCAUCUUUAUAUGGCUUUAGUAUUGUACUUCAAAAAUAACUCUUAAUAGAUAGUUUUCAAUCAUAAUUCAAGCAUAAGUAUCUCUCUAUUAACUAUCUCUAUAGCCUUUGCAGGUCGAGUGUCUCUGGAAUUAGACUAGGAAAUUAACUUAUCGAUAUAUAAUUUUCUAUAAUUCAUAAUACUAUUUAUUCGAUAGAAAAUAGGGGAAAAUAGGCAAGAUACUUAUCAGUGUCAAUCUAAAAGGUAUCUUUAGCUUAAAACUUAUUUUUAUAAUUAAACCAUUUUAAAAAUUAGCGCAUUUGCUUUUCAACUUUGUCCUGUCUAACACUUUUUGGCAUGCCACUUUUUAUCCCUUCCUGUUAUAGGGAUCCAGCUCGUGCCUUUUAUGGAGUUUGACUUGCUCAUUCAACCGUCCAUUGCAUUCCUUCUAUAAAGAAAUCUAUAUAGGGUAUAGGCUAUAUUGAACAAAAAAGAAAUUGUGUUUGGAAGAAUGACACCUGAAAUGAAACUUUUAAUCGUAGAAAAAUAUCAAGAAAUGGGGGAAAAAGUAAUUUUCGUAGGAGAUGGAAUGAAUGAUCUACCUGCAAUGAAAAGAUCUGAUGUAAGUAUUUCUAUGAAAAAAACUGGUUGCUCAACUGUUCUGGAUAAUUGUGAUGUCAUCCUAUUGGAUGAUAAUUUUAGCUCAAUUUCUGAUGCGUUUAAGAUUUUCGAAGCCGUUUUUGAUAAUCUUAAAAAAUCGGCUCAACAUAUAUUAGCAUCAAACCUACCAGAGCUAAUUCCCUUCUUUAUUUUCGUUUUUUUGGAGCUGCCAUCAGCAUUUACAGUUAUAUUGAUAUUUUUGAUUGAUUUUGGAAUAGAUAUUACUCCAUCCAUUGCUAUGAACUAUAAUUUUAAUCUUGAUAUUAAUAGUCGCAAGCCAAAAGAUUUAAUUGAAACGCAGUUGAAGCAUAACAAAUCUCGAUUUUUUUCAAUUGUCCAGCCAGGAUUACGAGAAGCUUUGGCUGGGUUUAUGGCUUAUUUUAUUGUUAUGGAAAAUUUUGGCUUCAACUAUCAAACUUUAUGACUUAUGAAUAAUUCAAAAUCAGGAACAAUGCCAGGCAUAAAUGAUAUUUAUGACCCAAAUAUUCAGACUAAAGGAAAUAGUCACUAUGGAUUAGCUGAAUAUGAAAAUAUCUUAUUCGAUUAUACAGCCAAAGCAUACGAUUCAUAUGAUUUAAGAGUUUGGUUCCAUGAGUUAUCUCCAGAAACGUGGUCAUCUUGUUAUUUCCCUGAACUUGAUUCUCCAUUUACUGAAGAAAUUAUUUGCUAUUCUGGAGAGGCUUUAUAUUACGCACAACAUGCGUGAUUUGUUUCAGUUAUAAUUGCAAAAUUAUUGAACUUUUUGAUACCUAAAGCUAUUAACCUUGGGCAUCACUAUCAUAGAUUAAGCAAAAAGGUGGCUUUUUGGAGCAUUUUACUUGGUGUAAUGCUCUCAUUAUCGUUAUGCUAUGUCCCGAUUACAAGCGAGCUUCUAUAUGGAAGGCCGCUUCCUCUAUUGCAAUUUGGAUUUCCAGCUCUUCCUUCAUUUUUACUGUUGCUUGAGAUUGAUGAUAUAAGAGCAUUGAUCAUAUCCAAGAAUUUAUUAGACAUAACUAUCCUUAUUAAUUCAGUAUUAAAAGUUAACUUAUUUUAUAACAUAAAAUAUGGAAAGACUUAUGAUCUUGAAAAGACACCUAAGUCCUAA